CGCUUCGGAAACAAAACAAGCGACUCCAGUGGGGCGAGACUUGGGAACUGAUUUAAGCCGGGCGCUCCGUGGGAGGAAGAGUAGCAUUGCAAGAGGUUUUGUGUUUUUGUGAAAAAGAGAAGUGUUUCUGUAAGGCUGCUCCAAUGACUGAGCUGUCUGCACCCUUACCCUACUUCCAGAAUGCCCAGAUGACAGAAGACAGCCAUAUGAGCAAUACAGUACGUAACCAGAAUGAUGGCAGGGAAAGACAGCGCCAUGAACAUAGUGAAAGGCGGCGACAUGGUAAUAAUAAUUCUGAGGCAGAGACCAAUGGACAACCCCAGGGUGGCACAAGGCAGGUGGUGGAAAACGAUGAUGAAGAAGAUGAAGAGCUGACUUUAAAAUAUGGUGCCAAGCAUGUGAUCAUGCUGUUUGUACCGGUCACACUCUGCAUGGUGGUGGUUGUGGCCACCAUCAAAUCUGUCAGCUUUUAUACCCGGAAGGAUGGACAAUUAAUUUAUACUCCUUUCACUGAAGACACAGAAACUGUAGGGCAGAGAGCACUGCACUCCAUUCUGAAUGCUGCCAUCAUGAUCAGUGUUAUUGUGGUUAUGACCAUCCUAUUAGUGGUACUUUAUAAAUACAGGUGCUAUAAGGUGAUCCAUGCUUGGCUUAUAAUUUCCUCCCUUUUACUGCUGUUCUUCUUCUCAUUCAUUUAUUUGGGUGAAGUAUUUAAAACCUACAAUGUUGCCAUGGAUUAUAUCACUCUGGCACUCAUGAUCUGGAAUUUUGGCAUGGUAGGAAUGAUUUGCAUCCACUGGAAAGGUCCUCUUCGUCUCCAGCAAGCGUAUCUCAUCAUGAUCAGUGCCCUCAUGGCUCUGGUAUUCAUAAAGUAUCUUCCUGAAUGGACUGCAUGGCUCAUCUUGGCUGUGAUUUCAAUAUAUGAUUUGGUGGCAGUUUUGUGUCCUAAAGGUCCACUACGUAUGCUUGUUGAAACAGCUCAGGAAAGAAAUGAAACUCUCUUCCCAGCUCUUAUUUACUCUUCAACAAUGGUAUGGUUGGUGAACAUGGCAGAAGGAGACCCAGAAGCUCAAAGGAGAGUUUCUAAAAAUUCUAACUACAAUGCACAAACUCCAUCAAACCAGAACUCCAGCAAUGUUACUGACAGUGAUGAUGGUGGUUUCAGUGAAGAGUGGGAAGCUCAGAGGGACCGUAAUCUGGGGCACCACCAUUCUACACCAGCAUCUAGAGCAGCUGUGCAAGAGAUUCCUGCAGGAGUUUCUACUCUGUCUGAGGAUCCUGAGGAAAGGGGAGUAAAGCUUGGACUAGGGGAUUUCAUUUUCUACAGUGUUUUGGUUGGCAAAGCCUCAGCAACAGCUAGUGGAGACUGGAACACAACAAUAGCCUGUUUUGUAGCCAUUUUAAUUGGUUUGUGCCUUACCUUACUGCUUCUCGCCAUCUUCAAGAAAGCAUUGCCAGCUCUUCCAAUCUCCAUCACCUUUGGGCUUGUUUUCUAUUUUGCCACAGAUUACCUUGUGCAGCCUUUUAUGGACCAGCUAGCAUUCCAUCAGUUUUAUAUCUAGCACAUUGGAAAUUGGAAUCCCAUGGAUUUUUCUCCUCCAACUGUAGUAAAAUCUGGAGAGGGCAAAAAAAGUUUUCCUCUGUCCUCAUGGAACAGUUUCAAGAUUCCCAGCUGGACUCAUUGCAACUUUCUGCCAGUUUUUUUGUGAGAACUUGCCUCCUUGGACACUGAAAAGCACUUCUACAGUAAAUGGUUUUAAAUAUGUUGAUUUUUGCUACAAGAAGCCACCUGGGUUUGUGAAAUAGAAAUAGAAGGACCAAAAAGUUGCUAAUGCUUCCACCAGCAGUUUAUCCCUUGGUCACAGGUAGAUAUUACCAACACUACAGACUCUCAGGACUACUCUUGCCAAGAGGUUAAAUGAGGGAAGUUGUUAAAACCAAACAGUAAUCUUUAUCUGAACCCACAUGUUGAAAAAGUGACCCAAUAAAUCUGUUAUUAGUUAAGUGUUGAACCAUUUGGGAGUAUCACCAGGUGGACAGACAUCUGCAGCCAAAUGGAAUGGAGAAAAGGGAGGCAACUUGCCACGUCCAGACUUUUAUGCUAAAAGUUCAAGCCAUUUUCAAGUAAGAGCAUCUCUUCCACCUUGGAUCAAGCCGGGGCUUAGGCAGAUUUUAACGGUUUAUGUUCUCAAGCACUGAAGUUUUCACUUUUCACUUUUGCCAUUUCUUCCUAACCUCAAUCUGAAAUCAUUUGGGCUAGUCCAUCUCAAAAGACUUUGGUUCAAGAUUCAGUAGAUAUUGGUGGUAAGGGGACUGUCAUUUAAAGCUUGUUCCUUGCCAGUAUUCUCAGAAUGCUUUUGGAUAUUCAGCUAAAUUUCUAGCCUUUCUUGCUGUGUUAGCAACCUUCAAUUAAUAUUUUUAUUUUCCAACAGGCAUAUCAUUCCAAGUUCACUUUUUUUUUUUCCUUAUUUCUCUCUUCAACCCAACCUGCAUGUAAUUCUCCUGUCCAAGCAAGACAGAUAAACCUAUCAUGGCAGUGGAUAACCCGGUUAUUUUAAGAUAUUAUCUCAAGCAUGCUUGUAUGCUUGUAUAUUGCUGUGGUUAACUUUUUUAUUGUAAUUUCUUUACAAAUACACAGACUCCAUCAAAAGUUUGUGGCCAAAAGCUGGGGAAUUCAAACAAAAUAUAAUGCUUGGUAAUACUCUUCCUUUCCUGGUUUCUCUCUUAGUCCGACUCGGUGUUUCUGGCAGCUGUUGAGAAUUAGAAUGAAUUGCUGAAGGCAAAUUAUUUUUUUAGGUAGUUUAUGAAUCAAUUUUGUUUAGCAAGGUUAGAGACUAGUGUGUAGAAAGAGACGUUAUUUUUAGACAUUAUUUUUAAUCUGUAAGCUUGGCCUGUGAAGGAUCAUGGUGUUAGGAAAAAAAGUCACCAAUGAGGGAAGAAGAAAGAGGUGUCACACAACUAAUAGGGCAAAACAAACCAAAAGCUGAAGAGCAGAUAUCAAAUCAUUAUCAAAAACCUUACAAUUGGUUUCUUGUGGUUAUACCUCUCCUGUUGCAGGUUAUUUCAAAGUAUCUUUGUUUGAAAUGGGGACAGUGAAGACACUGGCUUAAGCAACAGUGGAAUUCAAGUUCUAUAAAAGUAUGCCAAACCAAAAAAAAAAUUCUGAUGACCUGUCCUUUCUAGAGAUGCCCUAAACACUGUGUUGGAGAGGAGCUUUCAGAACUGGACAGAUGAUCUCCUCGAUCUCUUUCUCUUCUCCGGAUCUCAUGGCAGAGACUUUUAUAUCUUCAAUUUGAGCAUAGAGCAUAUCUUCGUGACAUCUUUAAAAAUCCCAGAAUAGAGGACUUUGAAAAACUCUCGCCAACUUUCAACUCUUCACAGCCCUGUCCUAAAAGAAUGGUAUCUGAGCAGCUUCUGUGGAUACCAUUAUCUGGUGGUCUCACCCAAUUAGAGGAAGCACCUGCUGCCUAGGGAGAGGUAGGCUGCAGGUGAGCAGUAUACUGCCUUGACCACUAGUAUAGUUCUGAUCAGAAACCUACCACUUCUAACCUGCUGUACUUGAAAGCUGCCUCCUGCUGAAAUGAUUCAAUGCUUCUGACUACAAAGCAGUUUCAGAAUUUCUCAGAAAGCGGUACCACUUCCUUGUCACUUACUCAUUAAUAUGAGGAGAUAGUCGGAUCCGUCCUUGAAUGUGUCUGACUAGGGCUUCAGGUUGAACUAUGCAGCAGGAAGUUUCCUUCUUAGGACAUUUUCCUUUUCAAAAGAACAAGUAUUUAUUGGAACCAUUGGCAGCAGCUUCACAACUUUGAAUCAUGCAGUUGUGGCUACAGAAUUGUCCACGCUGCAGCAGUAGCUUGGUUUACAAUGCGAUUGGGCAUGCUGGAAUAUGGACUUCAUUGGGAUUCCUUUACUCUCAAAUGUUUGCUGUUUUGUUUUUGUUUCUACAGACACUGAUUUGUACAUAAUCCAAAAAGAAUGUGAAAACAUCUUUUUGUAACACCUUUCAAAUUCUUGAUAAGAUAAAAUUUUGAUAGAUUGCAAAUUUUCCUGUAUUUGUCAGAAUAAUAAACUAAAGAUCGCAUGAA